UCCUAUUUCAUAACCAUGGUCCGCUCAGCGCUCGCAUCUCUCGCCCGUCCCCUCUCCCGUCAAUCCACUCAAUCCACAUCUCUCUCUGCUAAACGAUACGCGAGUCAUGGGCCUACUUACAACCCCCCAUCAGGGUAUCUCUUCGGCGAACGUCCCCCCAAAGAUGGAAAGAGAGUAAAGGAGUCUUGGGAGAACAUCUACUACGUUGGCAUGUUUGGCGGAAUGGUUUUUAUGGGCGUAGUCUAUGCUUACAAGCCCGAUACAAGCAUUCAAAGCUGGGCCUUGAAGGAAGCCAAGGAACGUUUGGAGGCUAGGGGUGAGGAAUACCAGUACAAGCCUAAGUCUGCUUAGAACAGGGAUUUUACAAGGACAUGUAUUCUACACUACUGAAACUGA